AUGCCUUCCCCCGCAGAAACCGCGCAAUUGCUCACCCCCGCCGCCAUCGAGGCCGCCUACGGCCUGAUCCAACCCUAUGUGCACCGCACGCCGCUACUGACCUGCCACACGCUCGACACCAUCGCCUCCACGCCACAGUCGCCCGAUGCGCUGCUCGGAACACCCUUCGAGGGCCAAUCGCCCGCACACCCGCGUUUCCGCUUCUUUUUCAAGUGCGAGAAUCUUCAGCGCAUCGGCGCGUUCAAGGCACGCGGCGCUUUCCAUGCGCUGCUGCGACUGGUUGCAGAGCGCGGGGAAGAAGAGGUGAAGCGGCGCGGGGUGAUUACACAUAGCUCUGGAAACCACGCCCAGGCCCUCGCCCUCGCCGCUUCGACCUUGCAGAUCCCCGCAUACAUCGUCAUGCCCCGCAUCAGCACGCCGUCCAAGAUCGCAGGCACCCGCUCGCACGGCGCAGAGGUGAUUUUCAGUGGAUCCACAAGCGUGGAGCGGGAGGCGGUCGUGGAGGAGAUCCAGGCGAAGACGGACGCCAUCCUUGUUCCCCCAUACGACGACUUCAAUAUCAUCUGCGGACAGGGAACGACCGGGUUGGAACUUGCGGCGCAACAUGCCGAACUGACCGGUUCUCGAACAUUGGAUGCGGUGAUUACGCCGGUUGGUGGGGGAGGCCUCAACUCCGGCGUGGCGACAUACUUCUCGGAUAAACCGCGGACGCGGGUGUUUGGCGCCGAGCCUAGCUUCGAAGGUGCGGAUGACUGUCGGCGUGGGCUGCAGGCUGGACAGCGGGUGGAGGCUGUGAGCACGCUAACAAUUGCCGAUGGGCUGCGCACGCCGGUUGGUAUGAUCAAUUGGGAAGUGAUAUCGAAUAAGAAGAAAGUGGAAGGCGUCUUCGCCGUGACAGAGAACCAGAUCAAGGCGGCUAUGCGUCUCGUAUUGGAGCGGAUGAAGGUGGUGGUUGAGCCGAGCGCGGUCGUCGGGCUGGCAGCUUGUCUAUUUGACGAAAACUUCCGACGGCGAGUCGAGCAGGAUGGCGGCGAGGAUGGAUGGGAUGUUGCGGUCGUGUUCAGCGGCGGAAACACGACGGUCGAAGCCAUUGGGAAGCUGUUUAGCUAA